AUGCGACCCUGGGCGCGUGUGCUUCUUGGAGCCUCCCUCCUGCAGGCUGUCGCAGCAUACUGGAUGGAGGACAUUGCACACUAUGGCCUGGCUCCCUUCAACCCAAAUCCGAAGUACCAGGUUUUUCGAAACGUGAAGACCUAUGGAGCAAAAGGAGAUGGCGUGACAGACGACACUGCGGCCAUCAACGCCGCCAUCAGCGACGGAAAUCGCUGCGGAUUCGGCCGUGUCUGUGACGGCGCGACAACCACUCCCGCCACUGUUUACUUCCCUGCUGGAACCUACAAGGUCUCGUCUUCUAUUCUGCAAACCUACUAUACUCAACUGGUCGGCGAUCCCACCUCCAUGCCCACCAUCAAGGCAUCUGCCGAAAUGGCUGGUCAUGGGCUCGCCGUAGUCAUCGAGUCAGACCCAUGGACUUCCGAUGGUCCUUCCUACACGCCAACCAACGUCUUCUUUCGCCAGAUUCGCAACCUGAUCAUUGACACCACCUCUGUUCCGGGAACAACCUGGGCUAUUCAUUGGCCAUCGGCUCAGGCGACCUCCAUACAGAACGUUAUCUUCCAUCUUCCACAGACACCCGACAGCGACCACACCGGUAUCUACAUGGAGGAAGGCAGUGGAGGCUUUCUGGGCGACCUUGUCUUUUACGGAGGUCAAUGGGGUGCUCGAUUCGGUAACCAACAAUACACGACACGCAACCUGACCUUUGUCAAUUGCCAAACAGCCAUCCAGCACAUAUGGGACUGGUUCUGGGUGUACAAAGAUAUCACCGUCGUGGACUGUGGCGUCGGCAUUAAUGUGACCGGCCCCGCAGUUGGCUCAGCUGUCAUCAUGGACAGCAUUUUCUACAAUGUCUCCAUUGGCAUCCUGAGUUCCAGAAGCGUCGAUAGCGCAGGCGAAAUCCCCGGUCGGGGGACGUUGGUCAUGGAGAAUGUCAUUUUCCAGAAUGGAAAUGUGUACACACCCGGCGGCCCUGCUUUUGUGUUCUCGGGGCCAAACGACUGGUUCUCUGCUCCUGCUACACUCAAGGAAGGCAACAGGUACUACACGCGGUCCAAGCCGCAGUACGAAGACAAGCCUGCCAGCAUGUUUGUCUCCGCCCGUGCGUUUGGUGCCAAAGGAGAUGGAAACACAGAUGAUACGGUCGCCCUCACGAACUUCUUCAGUUACCUCUCCCAACAUUUCAGUCAGGGCAUUGUCGGUUUCGUCGAUGCAGGAUACUACAAAGUCACCGACACAGUUUACAUCCCUCCAAACACUCGAUUCGUGGGCGAGACUCUAGCAUCUAUCAUCAUGGGAUCUGGGCCUAAAUUCUCGAGCACAGAUGGCCCACGCCCUGUCGUACAAGUCGGAAGGCCGGGGGAAUUCGGCUACAUCGAAUGGAGUGACAUGAUCGUCUCGACACAGGGCUCAACUUCUGGCGCCAUACUCAUCGAGUACAAUCUGUCAGGUUGCUCGGGGUGCCCAGAGCCAUCCGGGAUGUGGGACGUCCACGUCCGCGUGGGCGGCUUUGCUGGCUCGCAGCUUCAGGUCACAGAUUGCCCUACGACACCGACCCAGACAAACUUCAUCAACCCGAAUUGCAUUGCUGCAUACUUGGGCAUGCACAUAACAACCCAAGCCAACGAUUUAUACAUGGAGAACAAUUGGAUCUGGGUCGCUGACCAUGAUAUCGAAGAUUCUAACAGCACUCAGAUCUCGGUCUAUGGUGGUCGUGGCCUCCUCAUCGAGUCCGAGGCUGGUCGCAUCUGGGCGGUUGCUUCAGGCGUUGAGCACUGGACUCUGUACCAGUACCAGCUCAUCAACACUCAGAACAUCUGGAUGGGCCAGAUUCAGACAGAGACACCCUAUUAUCAACCCAAUCCGCCCGCUCCAUCACCCUUUAAUGAUAUCGACAGGGCGCUGAGCGACCCAGACUUCCCGUCUGACUGUGCCAUCUUGCACGAGAGCUACAUUCCCGGUUCUAACAUCACUGCUCCUUGCGAGAUGGCCUGGGCUCUGCGCAUCAUCGAUAGCAAGGAUGUCCUCGUCUAUGGCGCUGGGCUCUACAGCUUCUUCAACAACUACAGCACCCUGUGCAGCGCUGGACCGAAAAACACGCACACAAAAUGCCAGUCCAGAAUUGCGUGGGUCGAGGACCAUACCGGCGCCUCGGAGAACGUCGUCAUCUAUGACCUCUACACAAUUGGCGCCAUCAGCAUGGUAACAAACAAUGGCACUGAUGCUGUGCUGUGGUCUGAUAAUUGGAGCGUCUAUGGGGAGUCGAUCGCCCUGUUCAAGCCAUAA